ACAACACUAACCACAACGCCAUUUUGUUUUUCGUUUCUUGCUAAACGCUAUUGAGGUGUGCUCGUAAAAUUUUAUCUGAACUUUACACGUUCAAUAAUAGAUUGAAUACGUUUUAUCUUCUUUUUAUUCGGCGGAUUCAUCACGUCUGAUAUCAUGUCGGAUCGAGAGAGAAGUCGCUCGAGAACUCGCAACGGUUCUCGCGAGCCGGCACCUAAGCCCGCCGCGAUGUCUCGGGGUCAUAGCCGAAGCCGGUCUAGGACGCCGCCCCCGCCAAAAGCUUCGAGCAGGAAAUAUAGGAGCCCGUCGGCCUCCAGGUCGCGCUCGCGGUCGGGCUCGGCGCGGCGCGGCUACCGCUCGCGGUACUCCCGCAGCCGCAGCCGCUCCUACUCGCCCCGCGGCUCCUACCGCCGCUCCCACAGCCACAGCCCUAUGUCCUCGCGCCGCCGGCAUAUGGGUGACAGGGUGAGGAGCGAUGUUUAUACAUCGCAAGGCACGCAGCCCGAAAGUCUGGCUUCACACGCCUCGCUGCCGCGCUCCGAGCGCUCUCCGCGCAAGCACGGGGCGAGCCGACAGACGCGACAUUCAGCUCAUGAGCUCACUGAAAAUCCCACGCCGUCAAGAUGCCUCGGCGUGUUUGGCUUGAGUCUAUAUACUACGGAACAGCAGAUCAACCACAUCUUCUCCAAAUAUGGACCAGUGGACAAAGUACAAGUCGUUAUUGAUGCUAAGACGGGUCGUUCUCGAGGAUUCUGCUUCGUGUACUUCGAGAACCAGGAAGACGCGAAGGUCGCUAAGAACGAGUGCACCGGCAUGGAGAUCGACGGGCGCCGCAUCCGCGUCGACUACUCCAUCACGCAGCGCGCACACACGCCCACGCCCGGUAUCUACAUGGGGAAACCGACUGUAAGCAGGGGCGGUGACAACGGAUACGACAGACGUCGCGGCGACAGAGACGACUACUACUACCGCGGCGGGGGCGGCGGGUACCGCGAGCGCGACUACUACCACCGCGGCUACCGACACCGCUCGCCGUCGCCGCACUACCGCCGCCGCCGCUACGAGCGGGAGCGCUCCUACUCGCCGCGUAAGUCCUAUUACCAUCCCGAGCGGUAGACGCUAGGCGCUAGGCCAGUCCGCCCACCACUGCGGGCCGCGGGGCUACUCAAACUUACAGCGAUAUGCAAGAAAUCACUAUAUACAUCUCACCAUCUCUCGCAUUUCUAUAUUCAGUAUUGUAUUCAGAAGAAAAUCUUCAACUAGGUAGAACUGUGUAUUAUUAUAGGCGUAAAAAGAUUUAUUGUAAUCAUUCCCAAUAUAUGGGUGGUGGGUUCCAAAAAAUAUUUUUAGACCAUGUAGUAGAUUAGAAAUUACACAAUUAGAGCUUGACUCUGCUUUUAAGAUUGUUGUGAAUAAAACGGCAGAGGAAUUAAAUACAGUCUAAAAGUCUCCAGUUAGAUAGCAACUUAAUAAUUGUAUAGAAAUUUAUUGUUGAUAUCACAUGAGAAGUAAUACUUAGCAGAAACCUAAAGUUUGUUAAAUAUAUUAGUAUAUGUGAAGGGUAGUCAGCUAUAGUUUUGGUAGCCCUGUGUGAUGAAUGAAUUGAUAACUUGCAAACUUUGUAGUAAAUUACUUGAAACCCCGCAAUGUAAAAUAUGUGUGACAAUUGAAGCUCAAGCAGAAUUGUACAAAAUGUUUAUAAAAUAUUUGUGACAAAAGUCAGUUUAUAUUCCUCUUUAUGUUUUAGUUUUAGGGUUAUUUUUGGUCAGUUCAUUCUUUUUAAAUCUUUUAAUGACUAAAAUGAAAUCUCACUGACCUGAAAAAUUGCAUACAUUAAUGUAUAUGCAUAAGGGCCAAAAUUCCAUAGUUAAUAUGAGAUGAAUUGUACUUCUUAAUUUCAAUGAUAGGUUCAUGUACCAAAGAUUUAUCAGUUGGAUGUGGUGCCAUACACCAUUCCCAUUCAGAAAACAUUGGUGUUAUGCUAUACCCCUGUACAUAAUGUUUGUGUCUGUAUGAAGUAUGACCUCCCUUGCAUCUAUGUUUUAGUUGUUAAUUAGAAAUAAGUUCUAAAUGUUGUGUGCAUUUGUGUUUUCUAUCAAUUUAUUCUUACACAAACAUAACAAAGAUGUAUGUAUAAUAAAAACACAUUAUUGUGAUAUUGAUUAGUCAUUUAUUUUGAUUAUAACUUUAUAAGAAUGAAUUGAUAGAUAUAACUUGGCCACGUUAAUAACGUAGCGUAUGUUUUGGUAUAACACAUAGUUACUCCCCUCUUUGACUUUGCAGGUCGUUAUUAGUAAGUUCGUGACGCUGAGUUCAACUUCAGACAUAGCAUAGUAUUUUGAUACAACAUCAGAUCCCAAACUGUGUCGACCGGUCUCCUAUGCAUUUAUAUACCUGUAAAGGCCGGUUUAGUCUUAUGACGUAAUGUUAACUUUGUAUACAAUUUUGUAACAGGCGGGCCGCAGUCGACCGGCCGGCGGCCGCGCGGCCCCAAGAGAGAAGCUCCUUUGUGUUAAUUAUAAUGUGAUGAAAGGGUUUAGCAUAAGUUAGCGUGUAACGCCCGCGCGGGCAUAGUUGCCUCUAGGAUGUAAAACUAGCUCUAAUAAAGAUUUAACACUAAGUCUAAUAUUGAUUUUGUUUGUUUGAAAAGGUAUUGAAACAAGAAGUAAAGGAUGAAGUUCCUUGAAACUAACUGUGUUGAAGUUUUGAAAAUGUUUGAUUGAAAAGUCCUUUCGCAACGGCGCUCGCCGGAUCGGGACGGCCGCGCGGCUAACGUGUCGCAGCCACCGGCACUGGCUUGUCGAAGCGAAAAGAAUAUGAUCGAGUUAGCCGCUAAGUAGGAAGCCCAAGCUUUGCGAAGACAUUGAAGAGAGAAGUCGCGCGCGCAUAGAUCAUAUUCUUUAUCUUCCGACUUUACGUAUACAUUCUAAAGCGACAGUCACUGUGGCGACGUGAUCGAUUGCAUUUCUCGUGUUGCUAGUUACAUAUGUAUUAUUAUGUAUUCGGAUGUAUCGAGUCUGGCAUCUCACGUUAUUAGAGUAGCGUUGUGUUGUGACGACUUGUUAAUAAACAAUAGUUUUGUAACGUCA